AUGUGUCGAUCCGGCCAACACAACGGUGAAAGAUCGCCAGUGAAAGACGUUCCUCUUUGCAACGUUCACGUUUCGGCUCCGUACCUUUCUUAGUCGCCGCGAAAUUCAACGAGGGAGAUGUUGCUCUAUCUGACCACGCUACUAUUAGUAGCUACUACAACAGUCUACUCGAAACCAGCUCCGGAACCACCCGUGAGUUCGUACUUCCCUCCACCAAGCGGGGCUGGUUUGCCGAGCGGAUCCGGUAGUUACGGGCCACCUUCGCUUCCACCCAGUUAUGGGCCACCUCAACAGCAACCAGUCGUUCACAAGCACGUUUACGUCCACGUACCACCGCCGGAAGCUCCAGAAUAUAAACCACCAAAAUACAUACCACCCGUGUCGCCACCACAGAAACAUUACAAGAUCGUAUUCAUAAAGGCACCAACACCACCGACGCCAACUGCCCCAGCUUUGCCGCCAUUGCCGCCUCAAGACGAAGAGAAGACCUUGAUCUACGUGCUGGUUAAGAAACCGGAAGAGGCGCCGGAAGUGGUGUUGCCGACGCAAGCACCAACGCAACCUAGCAAGCCCGAAGUCUAUUUCAUCAGAUACAAAACUCAGAAAGAACAACAGAGUGCUGAAUAUGGGCCACCCCAACAAUCACCACCCUCUGACAACUACGGUGCACCACCAUCGAGCUCUGGCGGUCCCUAUUGAAGAGCUUUACCUCGUCGAAACAUGUUUCCUUCGAACGAAAUACUCAG